AUGUCAGCUAAGUUUUACAAAACUCCUAAGGUGUGGGGUCCUGAUGUAAUUCCUGGAAUCAGGCUCUUCUGCCGAGAGCCUGAGCCCUGGAUACCUGACGAAAGUACUAAGGACCAGCUCGCAAAGACCGUGUUGAUUCUGAGGAGCCGCCACUGCCCAUAUCUGGAUACCAUUAACAGGAGUGUGCUGGACUUUGACUUUGAGAAACUGUGUUCUAUUUCCCUCUCACAUAUCAAUGCAUAUGCCUGUCUGGUGUGUGGCAAGUACUUUCAAGGCCGGGGUUUGAAGUCUCACGCCUACAUUCACAGUGUCCAGUUUAGCCAUCAUGUCUUCCUCAAUCUCCACACCCUCAAGUUUUACUGCCUUCCAGACAACUAUGAGAUCAUCGAUUCUUCACUGGAGGAUAUCACGUAUGUGUUGAAGCCCACUUUCACAAAGCAACAAAUUGCAAACUUGGACAAGCAAGCCAAAUUGUCCCGGGCAUAUGACGGUACCACUUACCUGCCGGGCAUCGUGGGGCUGAAUAACAUAAAGGCCAACGAUUAUGCCAAUGCUGUCCUUCAGGCUCUGUCUAAUGUUCCUCCUCUCCGGAACUACUUCCUGGAAGAAGACAAUUAUAAGAAUAUCAAGCGGCCUCCAGGGGAUAUCAUGUUUUUGUUGGUUCAGCGUUUUGGAGAGCUAAUGAGAAAGCUCUGGAACCCUCGAAAUUUUAAGGCACAUGUCUCUCCCCAUGAGAUGCUUCAAGCUGUUGUCCUUUGCAGCAAGAAGACUUUUCAGAUCACCAAACAAGGGGAUGGAGUCGACUUUCUGUCUUGGUUUCUGAAUGCCCUGCAUUCGGCUCUGGGGGGCACAAAGAAGAAAAAGAAGACUAUUGUGACUGAUGUUUUCCAGGGAUCCAUGAGGAUCUUCACCAAAAAGCUUCCCCAUCCUGAUCUGCCAGCAGAAGAGAAAGAGCAACUGCUCCAUAAUGAUGAGUACCAGGAGACAAUGGUGGAGUCCACGUUCAUGUACCUAACGCUGGACCUUCCUACCGCCCCGCUCUACAAGGAUGAGAAGGAGCAGCUCAUUAUCCCCCAGGUGCCACUCUUCAACAUCCUGGCCAAGUUCAAUGGCAUCACUGAGAAGGUAGCCCACUUGCACACCUGCCCUGCUAGAAUACAAACUUACAAAGAGAACUUUCUGAAGCGCUUCCAGCUUACCAAGCUGCCUCCAUAUCUAAUCUUUUGUAUCAAGAGAUUCACUAAAAACAACUUCUUUGUGGAGAAGAAUCCAACCAUUGUUAACUUCCCUAUCACAAAUGUGGAUCUGAGAGAAUACUUGUCUGAAGAAGUACAAGCAGUCCACAAGAACACCACCUACGACCUCAUUGCCAACAUUGUACAUGACGGCAAGCCCUCUGAAGGCUCCUACCGGAUCCACGUGCUUCAUCACGGAACUGGCAAAUGGUAUGAAUUACAGGACCUCCAGGUGACCGACAUCCUGCCCCAGAUGAUCACACUGUCAGAGGCGUACAUUCAGAUUUGGAAGAGGCGGGAUAAUGAUGAAACCAACCAGCAGGGCGCUUGAAGGAGCUAUCUAGGGCUUUGCUCCCAAGGGCUUUGACUAAGGAUGGUAAAUAAGAAUACCGAAGCUAUAGCUGAACAUGGACUGACUGGCAGAUUCCCUGGACCAGCCUACUUUGUAUGGGUUCUGGCUACACUGGAGUAUCAGAGAAGCCCAUCUGUCUGAUAUAUCCCUAGGUGUCCCCAGCUGUUCUUUGAUCAACUUAUUUUAGACUGAUGUUCUUUUCUCCUUCCAUUUGAGCUCCCUUCCAAUGUCAGCAGGCAGAGCUCCUAUAGAUGGAUGUAAUUUAUUUCUUAGUAACUGGGAGUAUCAAAGGACAGGUAAUUCCUUGCAAACAUCAAGCCCAGGAUUCCAGGAAUAAGAGAAUGAAGCCAGUAACAUCCUUUUGUCUAUUCUAGGUAGAUGAUUUUCCUAUGGUUUCCUUCAUUUCCUAAUGUGUUUUUGGAAUGGAUUAAACAGUAUCCGUUUUUAAAUUAGCUUCUUGUGUUUAUGUCCUUUACUUAGGCUGCUGGCUAAUGGAAGGAUGUAUUUUCCUUUUUUAAUGUUCAUAAACUGUCUACUCUGCAGCCUGUCAUCUGGUGGACCUUAUUCUUGUCUCUUCCUGUCAGCUUGUGGGUAAUGUGUCAGUUGGGAUGCAUUUGUCUAAGUAGCAAGGUAUUUGUCCAAAAGUGAUACGUUGUUAUUGUGCUUAACUAGAAGGUGGGAAGUGGAGGAUUUCAGACUGCACUGAAGUUCUGAAAGAGAGAGAAAGGAAAAAAAAAUUAGGAAGAACUUCCAUUAUAGUGCAGCUCUGAGGAAUUCUCAGUCAGGCUACUGGGGUGCUCCAGAGGAAAGACUAUCUGUCAGAAGAAUUGAGCAGAAAUGACUUCUGUCAAGCUCUGAGUAACCUGGAGGGAGUGUGUCCUUGGCAUGAGUACUGUGGCAGACCCAAAGAUAUGGGAAGCCUGAUGAUACAGCACCUGGAAGCUCCACUUUCCUAUCUGUUCUACCAAGUUCUGUCCAUUUUCCUUUGUAAGUAUCUUUUUUGUUAUUUUGUCUUUUGAGAUAGGGUCUCACUG